AAUGUUUUAUUUUUAUUUUUUUUCACCUCGGUUUAAACAAAAGAAGCUUUUCGUAUAUAUAGACCCUCCGUUGUACUGGGCUCGGAGAUGAAUACUAUUGCUCUCUGCUGCUGAAGAGAAAUGAGAGAGUAGUUCAAGCAAAGCAAGAGAAAACAGGCAUUGAAAAUGGAAGAUUGCACUACGAUUGUUCUUGAUAAAAUCAAAAAUAUCGAGCCCGAAAAUGCUAACAAAAUCAUGGGUUACCUUCUUUUGAACCAUACCAAUCAAGAAAUUAUGGACUAUGCAUUUGGUAACGAUCAGCAGAUCCUCUCUCUGAUCAAUGAAGCCAAAGCAUAUCUUUUAUCUCCAAAGCCCAUUGUUCCCAUCUCAAUACAAACUGAACAGUCCUCACAAUUUCUCCCCUCUCAAACAAUUUCCCGGCCGUUCUCUUCUCCAUCAAGCUUUCGAAUUCCUGCUCCUUAUUUGGCCCCUCAUAGCCCAAAUGGUCUUAUACCCUCAUCUUACAAUGAUUUCUCUGGAAUCCUGCAGAACCAAGCUGGGUUAGCUAAUUUAGAUGAACAGUUACAUGUAAUCAACCCCUUAGCUGUUGAUUUCCCGGGGAAUUUCUUAUACCCAGAUGCUCAAUUUGGGGGAAGCUUGAGAUCUCCUACUUCUAGCUUGCCUGAAUUCUCAAACAAAGCUUGCCAUUACUUUUAUAAAGGGUAUUGUAGGCAUGGAAACAAUUGUAAGUUUUUCCAUGGUCAGCCUUCGAUCGAUAGCCUCUCUCAGUUGUAUGGUCUUAAUCAGAACGAGUUGAUUAAUGAUGACUAUAUUUUAUCUCCUGGGUCUCGAGAGCAAUUAGAAGUUGAGAUUAGUGAGUUGUUGAAAGCAAGAAAAGGGUUGCCUGUUUCGAUUGCAUCGUUGCCUUCGAUGUAUCUUGAUAAAUAUGGGAAGGCUCUUCAGGCUGAGGGAUAUCUUACUGAGAGCCAGAGACAUGGGAAAGCUGGCUUCAGCUUGACUAAACUGCUUGCUAGAUUGAAUAGCAUCCGGCUAAUUGACAGACCACAUGGACAACAUGUAGUUGUGCUAGCAGAGGAUGCUCCAAAGUAUGAAUGCAGACAUGAGAGAAAUGAUUCAGGAGCUGCACUUUCUAGUUCUCAUCAAAUCUAUCUUACAUUUCCAGCUGAAAGUUCGUUUACUGAUGAAGAUGUUUUGAACUAUUUCAAGCAAUUUGGUCCUGUUCGUGAUGUGAGGAUUCCUCGCCAAGAAAAAAGAAUGUUUGGUUUUGUGAGCUUUCAUUACCCUGAGACGGUGAGAACUAUUCUAUCGAAGGGGCACCCACAUCACAUUUGUGGCUCGCGAGUUCUUGUUAAACCUUACAAAGAGAAAACGAGGAUGCAUGACAGAAAGUACAUGGAGAGAUCUGAGUUUCCAAUGUACUAUCCUCCACAAUGUUUCGAUGUGGAACACAACGCUAUUCCAAGGGUCUAUGAGAAUUCCAGUUUACUGAGAAAACAACUGAUCGAAGAACAGGAACAUGCUCUUGAACUGGAGAGAACUCGUCUCCUUGGCCUUAAACUGACACCUAGGCGUUUGACACCCAAUUCCUUCUUCAAUUAUGGAAUGGAUGACUUUAAAUCGAAAGCAGAUACUUUUAUCUCUUUGCCCUAUCAAAACAAUGGCUCAACCAGUGAUGAUAAACCUCAACAAACUGGAAAAAGCUGCGGUGACCAGGAUAACGGCCAUAUUGAACUCCCCGAUAGCCCUUUUGCGUCUCCUCGCAUAGGAAACAACAACAUUUACACAGUCGUAUAAACGAAGAAGACGAAAGAAGAAGAUACAACAUACAGUAGAUUGUAGAGAUAUAGAGGUUCACAGUAAAGUUCUUCCAAUUUCAGCUCAAGCUCUCUCACCUCCAACCACUAAAACAGCAGAGGCUUUCUCCACUCAAAAUACUUUUUUGAGGAAGGUUGCAGAGUUUGAUACAGAAGCUAAGAUGAAAUACAGAGCUAUAUACUUGUUAAUGUUCUUACAGAAGCAAAAUCUCCUUGGUGUGUACCAGAAAGCACAAAGGUGAAUGGUUUCUUAGUAACUUUUUUAGACAGAAGCUGAAUAUGUUUAUAUAGACUUUGGGGAAGUUGGACUUAUCUUAUAACAUAUAUAGCACUUGCAAAUAUUAUUAACUUCAGUUUCAUCAGUGUUAGAUGAGGAUGUGACUUGAUUA